AUGGCCGCCCAGUCAACGCUUCGGCAAAGCCAGGAUCCUCUUGUGACGCUAUACAGCCACUACGCCAAUCUGUUCCGGGACAAGUUUAAGCGUUCAUCGAAGACCACUAGGAUUGUCGCGACGAUUGCGCUUCUCCUUUCGAUUAUUGGGAGUGGAUAUGGGGGCUACAACUUGUUCCGAGAGAGAGCGAAGGAACGUGCUCGUGGCAAACGAUUACUACGCCGGAACUCUGGGAUUAGGGGAAAGGAUGGAUCUCGCACCAUAUACGUGCCUUACAAGGACUCUAUGACCUCCAAGGUCAAAAUAUACCCGACGAAACCCACGACUUUCGACGCACAUCGAAGACUCUUCUUAAACCCGCCGGCUUCUGCUCGCAUGGAUGACGAAGAUCCGCUCGGUCGAAUACCACCGCCAACAACCAAGCCCGGAUUGAAUCUCGCAUUCCUUCACCAAUUCUUGAGCCUCGGGAGUAUCAUGGUACCGCGUUGGGGUAGCAAAGAAACCGGACUUCUCAUGAGCCAUGGAGUUUUUCUGCUACUACGCACGUACUUGUCGUUGUUGAUCGCACGGCUUGAUGGUGAGAUUGUUAGGGACCUCGUCGCUGGGAAAGGAAGGGCCUUCACUUGGGGUAUCCUCAAAUGGUGCGGCAUCGGCACCCUUGCAUCAUACACCAAUGCUAUGAUCAAGUUUCUUCAGUCAAAGGUGUCCAUCGCGUUCCGGACUCGACUCACAAGAUAUAUUCACGAUCUAUACCUAACGGCCGAUAACAACUACUAUAAGGUGAUGAACCUUGACGGUAGUAUCGGUCAAGACCCUGAUCAAUUCAUUACUCAAGAUCUUACUCAGUUUUGCUCGGCUGCCGCCGCACUCUACUCUUCCAUGGGAAAACCUUUGGUGGACCUCUUUGUCUUCAACUACCAAUUAUACCGCUCCCUGGGGCCGUUAGCUCUUAGUGGGAUCCUCACGGGAUACUUCAGCACCGCCGUCGUCCUUCGAAAGCUCUCCCCACCCUUCGGAAAGCUGAAAGCUGUAGAGGGCAAAAAGGAAGGCGAUUUUAGGGGCUUACAUUCCAGAUUGCUCGCUAACGCCGAGGAAAUCUCUUUCUACGGUGGAGCUGAUACCGAGCGUGUGUUCCUCACCAGAAGCUUUAAGGAACUCCAACGAUGGAUGGAGGGAAUAUACAGCCUAAAGAUUCGCUACAAUAUGCUUGAGGACGUGAUUCUGAAGUAUUCCUGGUCCGCGUUUGGAUACUUGGUCACAUCCCUACCGGUUUUUCUUCCUGCGUGGGGUGGUUUAGGCGGCGCGAUGGAAUUGGCGGACUCACCCGAGGCGUCUGGCCGAGAACGAGGUCGCAUGAAGGAAUUCAUUACGAAUAAAAGACUGAUGCUAUCUUUGGCUGACGCUGGUGGUCGAAUGAUGUACAGCAUCAAAGAUAUUUCCGAACUGGCUGGCUACACUUCACGAGUGUAUAGCCUUAUUUCCACCCUACAUAGGGUGCAUGCAAAUGCUUAUUAUCCGCCGCCUGGUGCUCAUUCAGAGCUGUUCUCGCUUGAAGAUAUCCAAGGAACAAUCCACAAUGGGUUUGAUGGUGUACGCCUUGAGCAAGUCCCUGUUGUUGCGCCAUCUCUUUAUCCUCGAGGUGGGGAUGAGCUUGUAGAAUCACUGUCAUUUGUUGUGCAUUCUGGAGACCAUCUCCUCAUCUCUGGCCCUAACGGGGUGGGUAAAUCUGCGAUUGCUCGUAUUGUUGCUGGACUAUGGCCUGUUUACCGUGGUCUUGUUAGCCGUCCGCGUGGGUUCGGGCUAGACGGAAUCAUGUUUCUCCCUCAACGACCGUAUCUGAGCGUCGGGACUCUGCGAGACCAGGUGAUAUAUCCUCACACGGAGAUUGACAUGCGAGACGCAGGUGUAUCGGACUCCGCCCUCCAGAAAAUCCUGGAGGAUGCCCACCUUGGCUAUCUUCCUUCUCGUGAAGGUGGAUGGAACUCUCGCAAAGAGUGGAAGGAUGUUUUGAGCGGAGGCGAGAAACAAAGGAUGGCAAUGGCGCGUAUAUUCUACCACGAGCCUCGUUAUGCGUUCCUUGACGAAGGAACUUCGGCUGUUUCCUCUGAUGUCGAAGGUCUGCUGUACGAACAAGCUAAGGAGCGCGGAAUCACUGUUAUCACUAUUUCAACACGAGCCUCGCUCAAGAAGUAUCAUACUUACAACCUUACCAUCGGCGUUGGUUCGGACGGCGAGCAAUGGGAGUUUGAAAGGAUCGGAACUGCCAAGGAGAAGCUGGGUGUCGAAAAGGAACUCCAGGAGAUUCGCAAACGUCUCGACAAGGUGGACGAAUGGAAGAAACGCCGGGAGGAAAUUGAUGACGAGCUUCAGAAGGUCUGGGUUGAUAAUGGAGAGCUUGCGCCCCCUCCAUACGAAGAGAAUCCCAUGACAACGGAGAGUGAGGAGGUCGAAGCCCCUCUCGAACCCGCAGUUAAUAUCUCAGAGCCUCCAAAACAGGAUUCCACCCAGCAAGAGUCAGAAGACGAGGACUCUAAUUUCGUAGUUAUUCCAAUUGAUCGAUCGUUCAGCGAUGGCGAUCCAGCGCAAUGGCCUACCGAAGAGAGGUUCGGGAGACCUGACGAUACUUCAUAUCGACAGAAGCUGGCGGAUUUGUGGUUAAGGAAGAUUGGUGCCCAUGAAGCAGGCGUAACAUACAUAAUCGAUGAGUUACCAGAUGGCUAUGUGAUUUUCGAUAGGCCGCGGGGGACAAAUCCUAGCAUUGCAUUACCGUCUCUCAGAGGACUAGAACAGCCUCUAGGAAGAUCAGGACGAGCUCUAGGAAGGCCAGCGACUACCAUUGUUGACAGCGAGGGCACUCCGGAUGUUUAUAAAUCUGCCGUCGUACGAUUGAAACUCGCUGGAAGUGUUGAUAAAGACAUUUCAGAGCCAGUGAGUAUGGACUGGAGAGCUGAGAGACCCGUGCUUGAGGAGUAUCUGGAAACACUGGACGUACGCCCUUCAUAUCUUCCUCGCCUCGGGGAGAUCGUGCUCUGGACUCCUGAAUUCCAGGGAGAACUUCUCUGGAACGAAAAAACGCGAAGCCUACAGAUUUACUCCCCAACUGACGGCCAAUGGGGUGAGAAACCACAAUGGCGUGCCGGAGUUGUUGGCCAGAUACCGACAGAAGAAACGGCUCUCACCGAUCUUGUAGAAGGGACUCAGAAGAAAUGGGGAUUGAACUACUCCGGAUUUCGUGUUGAAACACUUCCUGACCCCAACGGCUCCGACAAGAGCUACUCACUACAUUAUAGCUACGUUUCCCUGAAAUGUGUUAAGCCUUUCAACGCCUUUGAGCUUUUCCUGCAGGGCACACCUCGCGAAAAGCUUCACCCUUCUAUUGAAAACGCCAUGACUGUCAUGUCGUCAUUCAGCCUUGUUGAUAAGUAUCGCUUCCGGGGUGAAUGGCCAAAUGCGUCGAUAUAUUCCCGUGGUAUCUUUCUCGGAGCCGAAUUUAUUGUUCUUGGAGAUGCGGUUCGUCUGAAGCCAAAGGGUUACAGGGUAGAAGAAAGCAUACAGAACUCACAUGUGGUAGAUGUUAUGGUGGUCAAGGAAAUCCGUCUUGAGCUCAUUCAGUGCGAUGAAGAUCCCAGAUCUAAGCAACUCGCAGAGAAGUACCAGGUCCGCAUAUCAGGAAGACUCUACACACCUGAUAUUGAACGAGCACAAACAUCGAACAAUGGACAACCGGCCCGAGCUCUCACAUCGCACGAGGUAAUGGACGUUUUCAACAGCGCCGGAAUGGGCGGGUAUGGCAAGUGGUACGAGCUUCAUUACGGGUCACUUGUGGAUGUCUCUCAGGACAUGGUCCUCGGCCGCUGCUACGAACCAGAUGCCAUGAAGCUAUUAUUUGACUCCAUGUCACUAAGUUACGACUUGCAAGGAGUCAUCCGUACAAGACAAUAUUCGCGGCAGGUAGACGAACGUAUUCCAGAAGGAAAGAAGUGGUUUUGGGGCGACUUCAGGACGCAGACACUUGCCAUUGACUCCCUAAACGGCGAAGAUGUCGGCCAUUAUAGCGAAACACGCGACGUGAAGAUGUGGAGGGCGAACCUCAAAAUUGUUGACGGUACCGCAACACAAGCUGAUCUGCGGGCCGCAAAACAACCAGGCGAACUCGGGCGGCCGUCUACACAACCGCGUAUCUCAAGUCUUGCGGAGGUGGGCAAGACAAGUAAGCUCGUUAGUGUUGGGCUUGGGGCUGUGGACACCAGCAACCCGGUUAGUUCUGCGGAUGAGGAUACUACGGGAGAAGUAGCGCGCAGCGAAGCAGUGAACGGGAACGGGAACGAGAGCGAAGAUAGUGAUUGA